CCGGUCCAAAUAUAGCUCCGCCUCUGAUCAUGUGGUAGGUGAAUAAAAUAUCUACCCUUCUCUGUAUUAUCCCGACGGAAUCGGAGAAGGAAAUAAUUCUUGAUUUCUCUUCAAUAGGGCUCGUUUGAUGGUCCAAAACGACACCAUGAACAGGCUGUGAAGCCAUGAUAAAUAGGUUGAAGUUGCAGACAUGGUAAAGGUGCCCAUUCACAUCAUACACUAAAGUCUAACCAAACAAAACAAGAAGAGGAAAAACAGAAACAUGGAGGUGGAGAGGGUGAGGGUUCAGUCGCUAGCCCACGGAGGCCUCCACGAGCUGCCGGCGCAGUUCAUCCGCCCGGCCAGCGAGCGCCCGGAGAACAGCAAGGCCCUAGACGGGGUCACGGUUCCCGUUGUCUCCCUCUCCCAGCCGCACGACGUCAUCGUGGACGAGAUAUCGAGGGCUUGCAGCGAGUGGGGGUUCUUCCUCCUCACGGACCACGACGUCUCGCCCGCGGCGAUACUGCGGCUGAAGGAGGUGGGGGAGGAGUUCUUCAACCUCCCUCUCAAGGAGAAGGAGAGCUAUGCAAACGACCCAUCCAGCGGGCGUUUUGAUGGGUAUGGAACGAAGAUGACUAAAAAUCUUGACGAGAAGGUUGAGUGGGUGGACUAUUUUUUCCAUGUCAUGCACCCGCCUAAGAAGGUCAAUUACGACAUUUGGCCCAAGAACCCUUCUUCUUACAGGGGAGCGACUGAGGAAUAUGGCAGGGAACUACAGCAAGUAACAAAUAAGAUACUGGAGUUGCUCUCGGAGGGACUGGGUUUGGAAGGGAAGGCAUUAAGGUAUUGUUUGAGGGACGAAGAAAUAGAAUACGAAAUGAAAAUAAACAUGUAUCCACCAUGCCCGCAGCCUGAACUCGCCCUUGGAGUCGAACCCCACACGGACAUGUCCGCUCUUACCCUGCUCGUCCCAAACGAUGUUCCGGGCCUUCAGGUCUGGAAAGACGGUAACUGGGUCGCUGUCAACUACCUGCCAAACGCGCUCUUCGUCCAUGUUGGUGAUCAAGUUGAGGUGCUAAGCAACGGUAAGUACAAGAGCGUUCUUCACAGGAGUUUGGUGGACAAGGAAAGAACAAGGAUGUCCUGGGCUGUGUUUGUUACGCCUCCGCAUGAAGCAAUGAUCGGUCCUAUUCCGGAGCUCAUUAACGAAGAAAACCCAUCCAAAUAUUCCACCAAAACGUAUGCUGAGUACCGCCAUCGCAAAUUCAACAAGAUUCCACAAUAACAACGUUUCGGCCUCACCUGCGGCAUUGGCAUCGGAAAAGUUUGAAUGGAUUCUCUGUGUUACUGGGAAUAAAGUCUUUUGGCUACUUAAUUAGUUAUUGCUAGUAAUUUUCCUCAUUUCAAAUAAUCAUUUGGCCAGUUCAGAAUAAGUCUAACCUCUAACUGCCAAAGAGUUAUUAGAAUUUUAUUCUGUGCUGGAUCUUCUGUUGAAAGACGUUCCAUUUGUUUGUGGCUCGAUGCAAAGAUUGAUUUUACUAGGAAAUCGUCUUCGUUGAGGCCUAAUGUAUCGCAUUCUCUAUUUCUCUCUCUCUCUCUCUCUAUAAAAAAAAGAAUUCUGUUA